AUGCAAUUAAUUACAAUUCUUUCUUGCUUGAUUCUUGCUGUAACUAUCCUAUCGGUUCAAAUGCGUCCACAUGGAGGCCAAUAUGAUCGAAGACCACCAUUCGGUAAUGGUACAUUUCAUUUUAGUGGAACUUUUGCACCAUCCAGAAAUCACACUGAUCAUCAACAUAAUGGUUUUCGUCCACAACAUGGACAUGAAGAUGGUAGUGAUUUUCGUCCACAACGUGGACAUGAAGAUGGUAGUGAUUUUCGACCAGGAAAACAUGGUGGUGGUGGUCAUCCAUGA